AUGAAAGUAUGUCUACGGCAAAGUGUCGAUGGCCUACCCUUUGGGUUAAAAUUCCAGUUUUUUCUCCCUCUCUCUCUCGCUGCGUGCGCUCUUGCUGCAACAGGGGGUGGCUAUACCAGCGAAACAGGGUCAAACACGGGGCGGUACGCCAUGGCAACGGGCGCCAGGACACAGGACAGGUGUGUUGGCUUGGUUUGGGAUUUGUUUACUUCGCGGCCACAGCAGGUUAGGAGCCCGGGCAGGAAGUGUCAGGAUUUGAAUGAGAAAAUCACUGAAAUGAGCUCUCGGAGUGUGAUGAUCACGGAUCUGGACCAGACCGACCAGGAGGAGGCGCUGGAGGAACGCCCGCCCACACAGCCAAAGAGGAAUCGAAAACCGCUGCAGACACUGUCGGGAAACUUCAGUCGCCGCUCAAGGAGCGUGGAAGUGGAGCAGCGCCAGCAGGUGGCACCAGCCGGCAGGAAGGAUCGGAGGGAUCGCACGCUCAACGGACUGUUGCAGGCCAAGGACCAGCAGCUGGAGCAGCUGGUGCAGCGCCUCUCCACCCUGCACAAGUACAACGAACAGUUUGCCAAGGAGAACGAGCGGCUGCGCAUCGACAGCUCCCAGCUGGAGAGCCGUCUGGCGGAGGCGGAGCAGCAGGUGACCGAUUGCGUCCGCUGCCAGCAGCUAAACCAGAAGCUGGGCUUCGUUCUCGGACAGAAUAGGACGCUGGCGAAUGACGUGGACAUGCUGAAGACCCUUGUCUUCCGACUGAAUGUGCAGAUCGAGAGCUACCAGGAUCAGCGCAGGACCGGCGAGAAGGACUCUACAGGCUCGGCAGUGGCAGCGGCAGCGUGCACCUCUGACUCCACCGGCUGCCAGCCCCUACCCACGCACACCUUGGGCCCGCUGCUACAGGCCUACGACGAGUCCAUACGCGACAAGGACUCUCUCCUGGCGCAGUACAACACCGAGUUCGAGCACUUCACGGGCGAGCUGAAGCGGGCCCUGGAGGAUAACACAAAGCUGUUGCAGUCGCAGGAGCAACUUCGUCGUGACCUGGGUGGCUGGCGGGAGGAGCGGGUCUGCCUACAGGCCCAGCUGGGCGUUUGUCGCUCAAAGGCCGAGGCGCAGACCCGCAAGACCGACCUGGCCAAGGAGAAGCUGGUGGAGGUGAUGCACUGUUACGAACAGCGGAUGCAGACGCUCCUCCUGGACAUGGACCACCUGCAGGCGGCGUACGCCCGCACCAAAUCGGAACUGGCAGCCCAUAAGAGCACAGCCGCCCCCAACGCAGCAGCAGCGGCUCCAAUCGAGACGGAGGCAGUGCAUCAGUGCAAGACUCUGCUAGAGGAGCUGAAACAGGAGCACGUCAGAGAGCGCUCUGCUCUUCAGGAUCAGCUGAAGACGAGCUGCACGCGGGCCGCCGCCCUCGUACGCAGCACGGAAAAGGCCAAACACUCUCGGGACCGACUGAAGGCCCGCCUUCGCAUGGCCCUGCAGUGGGCCCAAAAGCUGGAGGCGGGCCAGGCUGAGAUGAGGGACACCUACGACGCAGUGCGACGCCUGGAGGUGCUCGUCAAGCACAAGGAGUCGCAACUGCGAGGCCUGCACGCCCGCAACAUCGAGGAGCUGAACAAGCUACGCCACAAGCUCGAGCAGAAGGACGAGACUAUCCGCACCCUCCUGCGCGGCAAGCUGGAGCGACGUCCUGCCGUGGACUAGACCUUAGCAGGGACAUGGAAAUGGAUAACAAUUAAAAAUAUAUAAUUUCAAUACAAAAUAC